CCCUCCCCCUUCCCCCAGCUGCCUGAGAUGUCAUCUUUCCUGGGAACAUCACCUUCCUGCCUCAGCCUGAACUCUGGUCUCUGACUUCUGCUCAGUUCCACCCUUUCCACCCAUGCUCAGAGGACUAUCACCUUCCCUCUUUGGAAUCGCUAAGGAUUUCUGCUUUCUUCACUGCCCUGUCACCGGCCCCACUAACCCAGCUGGGAUGGAUAUGUCUACACUGUCUGAAUCUCCCAGGACUACUACAGAUCUCAGUCAAGACUCUUUGGACGGUAGAAUGAUCUUUGCCUUGCUCAAAAAUGAUUCAGUGUCCCAGGUCUCCUGUCAUUCUCUCCCUCCCCUCAAGAAUAGUAGAUGCCAACUCACUGAAAAAUGGAAGCCUGAAACCCUUUUAACAGAACUUAAAGCUAUCCUAAAGUAUAUGACAUGUCCUGAAAAGAAGGCCGUCAGUGCAGAAGAACCUUGUCAAGAAGCCACUAUUUCUGAGGAUGUCUCAGAACUCAAAGCAAGAAUCAGAAGGCUUGAUAAAAUAAACCGAAUGCUAUUGAAAAAUCUACUUGGAAGACUAGAAUCCGAGAAAGAGCAGGACACAAAGGAGCAGGAGGUCGCACUGGAAAGCCAGCAGUCGAUGCCAGAUUUUACAAGGCGUGCGGUAAGUCACUCGGCAGGGAAAAGAGCACUUAGUGAGACUCAGCUGAGCCGGGAGAAAGCCAGGUACCGGUCCCCUUCUGUCCCCACAGAACAUACCAAACUUAGACACAACAUGGACCAGUUACUACAGGAGACGGAACACUGGCACGCCCAACACAGAGAGCUGAGCGAACUCAUACGAUCCUAUCAGAAGUCCCAGAAAGACAUAAGAGAGAACCUCAGGAGAGCUGGUGGACAAAUGCACAGCCAGCCCACCAGGGAGUCAGUGAGGCUGGCGUUUGAGAGGCAGCUCAAGGACUUGAAACGGGACACAAAAACCUUGAACUUGGCUGCCGCUCUGCUGCAGAAUGAAUGCCAGAUCUUAACGCAGAAGAUUGAGCUCCUCAAGGUGCACGAUCAGAUGGAGAAAGCUCUCCCACAGAAGCCAGUUCCCAGCAAACCUGACCAGAACAAGAAACCACAGAAAGUCCUGGGAACAGAGAAGGAAGAAACGCAGAAGCAGAAAAUGCAAGACAUGGGGGGCUCCUUUCAGAAGAGAGACAAAUUCUGCAGAAGCCUGGAUGUGUGUCGUCAUAAGAAAGCGCGUAAUAACAGGUUUAAUAUGCGAGUUGCCAGGAGGGUGUUUCUGGGGAAAAAAAGGACGCCCUGCAGCCUAAGGUAGAAAAGACCAGAAACAGAGGAGAAAAAGUAAUCCUUCCUUUAGCAAACUAUGACGCAGGCCCACACACGAUGCACCAUCACGCCCAAGGCAUAGCUGUUCCUUCAACCAAAGAAAGUGUUAGAGAAGAAAAAAGAUGAACACCCACAUUGUCCGCUCCCCCUACAUGUCCAGAAGCCUGGUCUUUAAUGAACAUCUGUAUCAAUAUAACUUGUCACGUUGACAACCUGCUUGUUCUGUGUAGCCUGAGUGAGAAACAUAGGUCAAUUUUAGUAAAGAUCCAGCUAAUAAUAAAAAUAGAACGAGCAAAAGAAAGGUUUGUUCGUUUACUCAUUUCCUGGAAGAGGCCUGUUUAGGGGCAAAGUCUGUAACACUUUGUGAGCCUUUAAAGCCCACUUUCAAAUUCA